AUGCAGACUAUCAAAUGUGUCGUUGUCGGUGAUGGAGCUGUCGGAAAGACCUGUCUGCUUAUCUCAUAUACAACCAACAAGUUCCCAUCGGAAUACGUUCCCACAGUAUUCGACAACUAUGCCGUCACCGUGAUGAUUGGGGAUGACCCCUACACGCUCGGUCUUUUUGACACUGCUGGUCAGGAGGAUUAUGAUCGGUUACGGCCCCUGUCCUACCCGCAAACAGACGUCUUCCUAGUCUGUUUUUCCGUCACCAGCCCGGCAAGCUUUGAGAACGUCAAGGAGAAGUGGUUCCCGGAGGUUCAUCACCACUGUCCCGGCGUGCCUUGCUUGAUCGUUGGAACCCAAGUCGAUCUAAGAGAUGAUGGCGCAGUCAUCGAGAAGCUCGCUCGACAGAAACAACGUCCCGUCCAACCGGAUGCCGGCGAGCGGCUAGCCCGUGAACUUGGCGCCGUCAAAUACGUCGAGUGCUCGGCCUUGACCCAGAAGGGCCUGAAGAAUGUCUUCGACGAAGCUAUCGUUGCUGCUCUGGAGCCGCCGGUUACAAAGUCGAAACGACGGUGUUCUAGCUUGACUGCACCGAUGGAUGUCCCAGGCCCUCAUCCACCCGUCCCCCAUAUCCACCAUCUGGCCUGA